CUCGCCGUUCCUCGCAUUACCUGACCCGAUUGCGCAAGUACCUUCCCAACCUAGCUAGGUUUUUCGAGCUUCACCCCGUUUGCGCAAUAUCGUUGCUGCUGUAGUCCGGCAUGCUUCCCCGCUCAGGAUUCCACACUCUUGUGCCGCUCUCCCUCCUCGCCGAAGAAUCCUAAUUAGCGGUGGUCGGAAUUGUGUCGUUUCUGUCUAAUGGAGCAGAUAUUCCAUUCAUGAGUUUGGCGUGAUAUCACAGCUACACAGGAGUGCGCUUGCACGGAUUCCGCAUCGAGGAUUCUAGUCGAUUGUAAAGGCAUCUAACAUGGCUGACUCCGGGGACGAAGAUGAGGAGGAGUACGAGGAGGAGGGUCAGGAUGAAUACGAGAAAGAUGGAUUUAUUGUUGAUGAAGAAGAGGAGGAGGAAGAGGAGCCUGAAGAAGAACCACAGGAGAGUAGCGACGAGGACUCGAAAGCCAAGAAAAAAAAGCGCAAGAAAAGAGGAGAAGAGACAUAUGAGCUCGACGAAGAUGAUUACGAUCUGUUGCAAGAAGCAAACGUUACUGGCUUUCAUCGACCUCCCAAAGCAGAUGGAAAGACGAAAUUUAAACGGCUCAAGAAGGGUGGAAUUGGUGGAGAAAAAGGGUCUGGUGGCAUUGGAUUGUCAGACGACGACGAAGAGGAAGAUGGAGGUGGUAGGAGAGGUCGCACAGCAGAGGAGGAGCUUAAGAGGUCUUUGUUUGGAGAAGACGAUGGGGCUGCAGCGGAGGACGUGGUUGAAGAGGAAGAACUGGACGAUGAAGAGGAAGUCGACGAAGAUGAGAUGGCUGAUUUCAUUGUGGACGAAGAAGAAGAAGAAGUUGACGAGCAUGGAGAGCCUUCCAAACACAGGAAGAAGAAAAAAAAGGUGAAGAGAAAAGACUUCAGGCAAGCUCCAGGAAUAAAUUCAAUAGCCCUGCAAGAGGCUCAGGAAAUUUUCGGAGAUGUAACUUCAUUGUUGGAGGAGAGAAGAAGACGCGAAAGGGAUACAUUAGCUGGUGUAGAUGACGAGGAUAGAGUUGAUGACGACGACGACGACGGGUAUGGCCGGAGCCGAAAGCCGCCAAGUCAGAAACUGUUGGAGAAACAGUUUGAACCAAGUUUGCUGGAAGAAAAGUUCUUAACAGAAAGGGACGAUCGUUUACGAGAGACAGAUGUGCCUGAAAGACUUCAGAUUCUGGAAGAGGCAGUUGGUGCCUUGCCUACUUCGGACUCGGCAAUAAGACAGGCUGCUGAAUGGAUUUAUGAUAGAGCAUUUGGCCACCUUGCAGUGCCAGUUCGCCCUGAAUUUCGGCACCUUUCCAGGGAUAGAGAUCUUAUUUCGAGGCAAAUUGCUAACGUCUUGCAUCUAAUACAUGAUGAUAAAUUUGAGAUUCCGUUUAUUGCAAUGUAUCGGCGAGAAGAGUGCUUUGAUCUUCUGAAAGAGGCUUCGGAUGAUUAUGAAGACGAAGAAAGGCCAUUAGUUCGUACUUAUGCGGCACUCUGGGCAGUUCAACAAUGGGACAAGAAGUGGCUACUACUGCAGCGCCGGAAGACGGCACUUCAAGCUGCUUAUGAGAAGCGCAUUCCUUCAGAUAUUAGAGACGACCCGGAAAAAGACGAGCUUGUUGAUAAAAUUCUUCGUGCACUGGCAGAUGCCCAGGCAGACCAAGCUGUUGAUGAUUGUGAUGCCAAGUUCAAUCUACACUUUCCCCCUGAUGAAGUUGAGAUUGUGGACGGUGGGUUCAAGCGUCCAAAGAGACGGUCCCUCUACAGUAUUUGCCGUAAAGGUGGUCUAGGUGUUGUUGCGAAGGAAUUUGGAUUGGCCCCUGACCUGUUUGGAGAGAAUCUGCAGGCUACUUACAAGAGGCAUGAUGUCGAAGACAAGCCUAUUUCUCCAGAAGAGCUUGCUGCCAGGUUUUGUUCAACGAAUAGACCGGCAAAUGAGUUUUGGGACGUUCGAUCUGUAUUGCGGGGUGCUAGACACAUGGUAGCUGUUGAAAUCAGUACAGAGCCUGCAGUGCGUGAGUAUGUUCGGGGUAUCUAUGCUGAGAGGGCUGUGGUCAGCACACGACCUACUCCAGAUGGGAACGAUGCGAUUGACUCGUUCCAUCAGUACGCUGGUGUGAAAUGGCUAUUGAACAAGCCAAUUGGUGCUUUCGAUGAUGCCCAGUGGUUGCUAAUUGAGAAAGCUGCGGAAGAGAAGCUUCUUACGGUCACAGUUAGCUUACCAAAAGAGCCUAUUGCGACUCUGAUGCAAGACUGUGAGACCUUAUAUUUGAGUGAUGGUGUGAGCCUUACAGCGCAGCAGUGGAAUGAACACAGAAAGCAGAUUUUGCAUGAUGCUGUGGUGACGCUUUUGCUUCCAGCCAUGGAGAAAGAGGCUCGCAUGGUACUAACAACAAGGGCAAAGCAGUGGCUGUCAGCACAGUGUGGUUUGCAGCUAUGGAGUAAAGUUUCCAUUGCUCCAUAUGUUCCUCCAAAGGCUGGUGAUCAAGAUGAAAGGAUUGAUGAUGGUCCUGCGCUGCGGGUGCUAUCAUGUUGUUGGGGCCCAGGCAACCCAGCGACUACUUUUGUAAUGCUAGAUGCAGCUGGGGAGGUUAUGAACGUUUUGCAUACUGGGUAUCUGAACAUGAGGGCUACGAGUGCCGAACAAAAGAAGAGGAAGGAAAACGACCAAGAUCGCCUGCUUCAGUUCAUGCGAGAAUACCAACCCCAUGUUGUUGUCUUGGGUGCUGCAAAUUUGCAGUGUCGUCAUUUAAGCCAGGACAUUUUUGAAGUGAUUUUUAAGGUGGUUGAGGAGCAUCCCCGGGAUUUAGCAGAAGGGCUGGAUAUGAUUAAGGUGGUGUUUGGAGAUGAGACCAUUCCUUCUCUGUACGAGAAUUCAAGAGUUUCUCAAGAGCAGCUUCCUGGGCAGCCUGGCAUAGUGAGACGAGCAGUUGCCUUGGGCCGGUUUUUGCAAAACCCUGUGACCAUGGUUGCUUCUCUAUGCGGCCCAACAAAGGAAAUUCUCUCAUUAAGAUUGCACCCUAUGCAAAAUUCCUUGACAAAUGAGGAGUUAUAUGAAGCUGUUGAACGUGUUAUGGUUACUGUGGUGAACCAGGUUGGCAUCGACAUCAAUUUGGCAGCCUCACAUGAUUGGAUUUUUGGCCCUCUUCAAUUCGUUGCAGGUCUUGGCCCUCGCAAAGCUGGGGCCAUUCAGAGAGCCAUCCAAAGUGCUGGGCGUGUAGGGACGCGCAAAGAUCUCUAUUCAAGUAUACGGGUUAUGGACAGAAAGGUUUUCAUAAACUCUGCAGGUUUCAUCCGAGUUCGAGGCAGUGGGCAAGCAGCUUCGGGGAUGCAGCAUUUAGACCCACUUGAUGAUACUCGUAUUCAUCCUGAAUCAUAUCAGAUUGCGAAGAACAUGGCAGAGGCUGCUUUUAAAGAAGAGGCCAUACAAAAUGAUGAAGAGGUUGAUGAGGAUAUGCUGGAAAUGGCUGUGGAGCACGUUAUGACAAAUCCUGUUGUCUUAGACACCAUGGAUGUAGAGGAAUAUGCUCGUAGUACACAAGGUCGUGGACAAGGUCGAAAGAUUCCUACACUCAGGCUGAUCAAAUCAGAGCUUCAACACGGAUUUCGGGACUGGCGCAAGCCAUAUGCGGAGCCAUCUGAAGAGGAGAAGUUCUAUAUGUUGAGUGGAGAAACUGAAGAAACUUUGUCCUGUGGUCGCAUUGUGAAUGCGACUGUGAGGAAUGUGCAACAGAACCGAGUCAUGUGUGUCUUGGAAUCUGGGUUACUAGCGUUCAUACAGAAAGAGGAUCUUUCUGAUGAUCGUGAUGUGGAACCCAGUGACAAAGUCUCAGAAGGCAGUAUUGUGACUUGUCGGGUAAAAGAAGUGAAGUUAGCCAAAUUUUUAGUGGAUUUGACCUGCAAAGGGAGUGAUCUCAGAGCGGAACAUUGGCGCCCCAGGGUGCAACCUGAUCCGUACUAUCAACCCGACACCACAUUCUUACAAAGGGAACAGGACAAGGUUCGCAAGAAGAAAGAAGAGGAGAAAAAGAAGGCCUUCAAGCCUCGCAUGAUUGUUCACCCAUAUUUUCAGAACGUCUCUAUUGAUGAUGCGAUGAAGGCACUGGCUGAGAAGGACAUUGGUGAUUUUAUUAUUCGUCCCAGUAGCAGGGGUCCAACCCAUCUGUCUAUGACAUUGAAAAUCCAUGAUGGUGUGUUCACACAUAUAGAUAUUGCUGAGGGAGGCAAGGAGAGUCGCGAUCUUACAAGCUUUCUGAGUCUCGGCAAGACACUUACUAUUGGAGAAGAAUCUUACGAAGAUCUUGAUGAGGUAAUUGCCAGAUAUGUUGAACCUUUAGUUGGAUAUCUGCGUGAGAUGCUGCGGUAUCGAAAGUAUAAACAAGGGACCAAGAAUGAAAUUGAUGAUCUACUACGUGCUGAAAGAGCGGCAAAUCCCAAGCGUAUUCCAUAUUAUUUCUCUGUAGCCCACGAGCAUCCUGGGGCCUUCAUGCUUUCCUAUAUACGGGCUGUAAAUCCUCACCACGAGUACAUAUCACUAUCUGCUAAGGGUUUUCGUUAUCGGAAGCAUAAUUUCGAGAACAUUGAUAAGCUUGUUGCUUACUUCCAAAAACAUUUUAACGAUCCUCUACCAGAAGCUCCCAGAAGAGCAGUUGCUGCUAUGGUUGCUCCUCGAAGCCCUAGUAGCUAUAGUGUAGGUAGUUAUGGAUAUAGUGCAGGCUCUAGGAGGCCUUCUGAGUCGGGUGCCUCUGGCUUUGAUUCAAGAAACAGUCAGUGGGGAGAUUCCAGGGCUGGCGGUGGAGGCUGGGGCAGCAGUUCAGGGUGGGGUAGUCGUGGGAAUUCUGGAUGGGACAAGGCAGUUGUUCGUCCAAGUGGAGACAAUAGGGGGAGUACAAGUAACUGGGGCCCUGAACCUUCUCCUAGGAAUAAUUGGGAUAAGAAUGGAGGGGCCGGGAGGAGUGCUUGGGACAAUUCUCAACCCGGCGCCCCAUCUCAAUGGGACAAUGUGACCAAUUCGGAAGGUGGCGCAGCAGGGGAUGGAUGGGCUGCUGUUCCUGGUGCUACUCCAACAUCUGGAUCUGGAUGGGAUGCUGUUCCAGGAGCUACCCCAACAUCUGGAUCUGGAUGGAUGCCAGGUGGCCACGCUGGACCACGGGGAUUUUAAACUGGGCUAUGUAUAGACCGCGAAUUUUGCUUAGAUGAAGCCAGAAACGUAAUUUUCUAUGUUUCAUGUUCCAUAUCAUUGGAAAAGUGGAGUGCUGGUGCUCUCCACGACACAAAUGUCCAUCUUUCGGAAGAUAAUCUAUAUUUCGGUGGAACUGCAUUGAUUUACAUACCA